GCCAGGGCUUCCCACGUGUCCGCCUAGAGCCAGGCAAAAAUGGCGGCCGGCUGAGCGCUUCCGAAGUGGACCUAAAUUGAAGAGGAGGAGGAAGAAGAAGAAGAAGGGAAAGCGCCAGGGAAGAGAGAGGCAACUUCUUUACCACAUGAAGAUAAAAUAUUAUUGCCGACCAGCGUCUGCACAUCAAACAGCGUGGAAGUCACAGAAGCCGGACCGACACAUCAAACCAGGCAGACUAUAGCAGAAAACUUGGAAAUGAAAUUUCGUAUUCUCAAUCUGUUUCCAGCUAACUGGAGCAUCCACAUUUUCCCUAAAUCCAACUCUAAGUGAUACUCCAAAGCCAUUUUUCUUUUGAUGCUACUAUGGCAAAUGAAGAAGAUGACCCAAUUAUACAGGAGAUUGAUGUGUACUUGGCCAAAAGUCUGUCAGAGAAACUCUAUCUAUUCCAGUAUCCCAUUCGCCCCGCUUCGAUGACGUACGAUGAAGUGACUCACUUGUCAGCGAGGAUAAAGCCAAAACAGCAAAAGGUCGAGCUGGAAAUGGCUAUUGAUACGUUGAAUCCCAACUACUGUCGCAGCAAAGGGGAACAGAUUGCACUCAACGUCGAUGGCACAUGUGCAGAUGAAACAACCAUGUAUUCCUCGAAAAUGAUGGAUAAGCAAUCUUUCUGCUCUUCGCAAACCACAAGUAACGUUUCACGAUAUGCUGCUGCUAUCUACAGGAAAGGUGAACUCCACCUUACACCACUGCAUGGAAUCCUGCAAAUGAGGCCCAGUUUCAGCUACUUGGACAAAGCUGAUGCUAAAUACCGGGAAAGAGAAGCUGCUAAUGAGCCUGGCGAUUCUUCCCAGGAUGAAGCUGAAGAAGAUGUCAAGCAAAUCACGGUGAGGUUCUCCCGUCCGGAGUCAGAACAGGCACGUCAGCGACGGGUUCAGUCUUAUGAGUUCUUGCAGAAAAGGCAAGCUGAGGAGCACUGGGUCCACCUCCAUUACUACGGUUUAAGGGACAGCCGCUCUGAACAUGAACGCCAGUAUUUGUUUAGUCAGGGUCAUGGCAUGGCUGGAAAUACUGAAUUGAUUAAAUCUCCAAGUGAAUAUUUGAUGAUGCUGGUGCCUCCGAGCGUGGAAGGGGAAAAGGACAAACCUGUGGCUCCUAGCAAUGUACUCUCCAUGGCUCAGCUGAGGACUCUGCCCCUUGCUGACCAAAUCAAGAUCUUGAUGAAAAAUGUGAAAGUCAUUGCAUUUGCAAACCUGAUGAGUCUCUUGGCUUCUGGGACCGAUCCUACUGCAGCCUUGCGUUGCAUACAGCAGAUGGCACUGCUGGUGCAGGGAAACUGGGUUGUGAAAAGUGAUGUCCUGUACCCAAAGGAUACCUCCAGCCCACACAGUGGAGUUCCAGCAGAAGUGCUUUGCCGGGGAAGAGAUUUUGUUAUGUGGAAGUUUACACAGGACCGCUGGGUGGUACGGAAAGAAGUAGCAACAGUUACAAAACUUGGUCCAGAAGAUGUGAAGGACUUCUUGGAGCACAUGUCUUUUUUGAGAAUAAACAGAGGUUGGGAAUUCAAGCUCCAGUACGAUGAGGAUUUUGUCAGGAAGCAUCCAGAUGUGGUCCAAAGGCAGCAGAUGCUCUGGAUGGGUAUCCAAGCCAAGCUAGAAAAGGUGUACAGCCUGGCGAAAGAACACAUGGCACCAAAGAAACAGGUUGCUCAAGCAGCUGCUCCCUUGCUGGUUUCCGGAGAACAGAGGAUCAACCUGGCAAUAGCAAAAGUCAAGCAGAACUACGGACAACUGGAGCAAGACUUUAAGAAGCGGAAGGCCGAAAGUAGGGCAAAUGAGGCCUCCUGCCCAAUGGAUGUUCUUGGAGUCCGUAUUAAGGAGGAGCCAGUGAGUGAUGAGGAGCCAAUGGACAUAUCAGUCUGCGACGGCCUGAAUGGACUGGCCAAUGGUAUCCAUUUGGAUGAGAACUCAUUGGACUCCUUGAACGGCCACUUGCCAGUCCAAGAAAGGGUCACCCAAGAACUGAGAGCCUUUUUGGUGGGAACAUUUAGGAAACAAUAUGUUCUAACCCUGAAUGAGCUGAAACGGUUGUUCAAUCUCCACGUGGCUAGUCUGCCUCCUGGGAAUCUCUUAUUUAGCGGUAUUUCAGACAAAAUGUUGCAGGACAUGGUGUUGGACAUGGGCUGCAAACAAAUAAUGGUGCCUUUUCCUCCACAGACGGCCGCAUUACCGGAUGAACAAAAGGUCUUUGCACUUUGGGAAGCUGGUGACAUGUAUGACCAGCACAGGCAAAUUUUGCUUGAAAUUUUUUCCAAAAACUACAGAGUGCGUAGAAAUGUCAUUCAGAGUCGGCUGGCCCAGGAAUAUGGAGACGAUCUAGAGAAGCAGCAGGUGGAUAAAGUCUUGAAGGACUGCUGCAUAAGUCAGGGCGGCAUGUGGUACCUUAAAGGGACAGUGCAACAGCCAAAGUCUUGACAGAUGGGCUUCGCUUCUUGUUGCAUCAGGUUAACUCCCAAGACCAGAGGCAAAAAUGGAGCAGACAAGAAAAGCACACCAACGUCCUACCUACUUUUCCCUUCAUACAGGACAGAACUGGUUCAGCUCAUGCCCUGUGGAUGGAGGGCGCUAUGGACCCAGCGCUGCUCAUGUCUGCGUGGCAUCUGAAAUGCCACCAUGGAACAGAAAGAGGAAACUGUGGGCCUUGAUAACCUGUUAGAAAUGUUUGGGAUUCCUAAUAUAUUUUGCAUCUCAUUCUGAUUAUAGCAACAGCCACAACAAAAACUUAGACUGACCCAAAUGUUAAAGAUCAUGAACUAACAUUUUAUUUUGUAACUAAUGCCAAUAAAUUGCAAGUUUACACUUA